CUAGCCGACCAUACUCCGGUCUUCGUCUUCCCCACAUCCCACCUGCUCUCAAAUACUCAAGAAUGUCUGUCGCUCAUGGUAUACGAUCGUUAGGGGUGCUCGGUGCUGGUCAAAUGGGCCUAGGCAUUGCUUUUGUUGCCGCUCUUCGCGGCAAGGUCCCCGUUCUAGUCCAUGACCGCUCUCCGGAACAGGUGACCAAGGGUCUAGCACUUAUGGACAAACUGCUGGCCAAGGACGUGUCGAAGGGCCGCAUCACCUCUGAGGCUGCAAAAGAAGCUCGAGACCGCGUCUCUGUUAUUGGCGCCGAAACAGGGCUGAAGGGUUUGCGUGACGUCGACAUGGUUGUUGAGGCUGUAUCGGAGUCACUUCCUCUCAAGGAGGCCAUCUUUGCCUCCUUCGCUGCGGAACUUAGGCCCGAUGCGAUCCUCGCCUCGAACACGAGCUCUAUCAGCAUCACUAAAAUUGCUGCGGCUGCCAUUCCCAAAGGUGUCAGCGCAGCGAGCGAGGAGGGAAAGGCCAGUGCUGGCAGAGUGGUCGGCUUGCAUUUCUUCAACCCCGUCCCCGUAAUGAAACUUGUUGAACUGAUAUCGGGUCUUCAGACCCAUCCAGAGACUCUCGAUCGGGCUCGGAGUUUCGCGAUAGCCUGCGGAAAAGAGGUCACCACGUCCAAAGACGUCCCUGGCUUCGUCUCCAAUGCUCUCUUGAUGCCUUUCAUCAAUGAAGCAAUUAUGUGCCUCGAAAAGGGCACUGCAACCCGUGACGAUAUCGACACCACGCUGAAGCUCGGAAUGAAUCAUCCCAUGGGUCCAUUACAAUUAGCUGAUUUCAUCGGCCUCGACACCUGUCUUGCCAUUCAACAGACGUUGUACGAAGGCACCCGCGACUCCAAAUACCGACCGAGCAUUCUACUAGAGCGGAUGGUCGAUGCCCAAUGGUAUGGCAAGAAGAACGGGAAGGGGUUCUACGAGUACAAAGAUUAG